AUGUCUUCAUCGUUCUUACGGCUCCUUCAAAUUUCUCUUCUCACAGCAACAGCAGUUCUAGCUGCUCCAGCCUCCUCGCCAGCGUCUGUAGCACAACCCAGCUCUACCGUCCUAUUCGCUAGUACAGAUCUUAAUCUCCCCCUUUGGGAACCCAAUAGUCCACCCUCCGUCCCUCAGCCUAUUCGUGGUUCUCUGGGUGCAUCCAUCCUUGGACCGACUAAUACGUUCAUGGAACUAGAGAACGCCGAUUUAUUGGCACCUCCUACGACUGACAGCGGAAGCGUGGGAAAUGCAAAGUGGCCGUUCAGUUUCAGUAAGAACCGAUUGCAGACGGGUGGAUGGGCGAGACAGCAGAACGCUCAAGUGAUGCCCAUAGCCAAAAGUAGGUUUUUGAAGCUCGACCGGAUGAUUCGGUCUGAUCGCUUAUCACACAAUCAAGACAUAGCGGGAGUAAAUAUGAGGCUCGAAGCAGGAGCCAUUCGUGAACUUCACUGGCAUACCACGUCCGAGUGGGCAUACGUCUUGAAAGGAACGACGCAAAUAUCGGCCGUUGAUCAAGAUGGCAAGAACUUUGUGGCGAACGUCAAACCCGGAGACCUUUGGUUCUUCCCUGCUGGCAUCCCUCACUCCUUACAGGCCACUAAUGACACGGCAGAGGGCUCGGAAUUUUUGUUGAUAUUCCCUGACGGAAACUUCGAUGAAAAUGAUACACUCCUGUUGACAGACUGGCUUGCUCAUGUUCCAUUUGAAGUCAUCCAAAAGAAUUUCCAAGUCACCGAUCCGAAGGCAUUCUCUCACAUACCUGCGGAACAACUGUACAUAUUCCCCGGUAAUCCUCCGGCGAAUGCGGAUGCUCCAUCCGACCCACAGGGGACUGUUCCCUUGCCAUACGCUUUCUCAUUCUCUGAAAUCGUGCCCACUCAGCUAGGAGGAGGCACUGUGAAGAUAGCCGAUUCAAGGACUUUCAAGAUAUCCACGACGGUUGCCGUUGCAGAGGUCACGGUUGAACCUGGUGCACUGAGAGAGCUUCACUGGCACCCUACUAUGGACGAAUGGACUUUCUUUUUGGAAGGCGAAGGAAGAGUAACGAUUUUUGCCGGACAGAGUACGGCCAAUACAUUCAACUACCAGGCGGGUGACAUUGCAUACGUGCCAGUUUCACUGGGUCACUACGUUGAAAACACAGGAAACACUACCCUCAAAUACUUGGAAAUAUUCAAUAGCGACCUGUUCCAGGACGUUAGUCUAUCGCAGUGGCUUGCGCUAACACCACCUGCGCUGGUUAAGGCACACUUGGGGUUAGACGACGCGACGAUUCAAGAGUUGACCAAGUUCAAAGAGAAGGCGAUUGUUGUACCUCCUUUGAACCUCACUGGUGCCUAG